GAUUUUCUUCGGAAAAUCCAUUUCUAAUUUCAGAAAUCAGAUUACGUGUUUGGAGUGGACAUAAUAUUAAUUUUUCUGUAAUAAAUUUAAUUAGAAUUAUUUGAGAGACAAGGAUAAGGUAAAAAGAAAAGGAGAAAUCUUAAGGCAUCCUUGUAAAACUAACUUGGCAACCCUGAACAUUCCUUAGCCAAUCAAUCCUUGUCAAACUUGUUUUCUCACAUUGUGCAAUCCACAUUCCACAUUACCACAUUUCGCCAUUUUGUUUUCAUGUUUCAUGUCAGUGUUGUAUAUGAUCGGUAGUUACGUUCUUAAAUUUCUUCUGUACUAUUAUAUGCAUAUGUAUAUGUUCAAAUCAAAUUCAUACAGUGUAUAAAAUACGCGAUUACACACUUGUGCUAAAAAGUUCGUAUAUUUUUACGUAAACAACAAAAGUAAGCAGAUAAAAUGGCAUCAAACAAACGUAUGAAAUACGUAUAUGAUAACGAAGGUACUACAUCCGAGGAAGAAUCAUGUGAAGACGUAGAUUACAUGCCAAAUAAUAAAUCCCGAGCUGGAAGAAAACCAAAAUGUUUCUCAAAAAACGCUCUACUCGCACGAGAGAAUAGAUUAAAGAAGAAGAUAUAUAUUACAAAUCUUGAAAACGACGUCACUUCUUUAAAAAAGGAAAAUAAAAAACUUGCCUCAGUAGUAGACAAUCAGUCUUUUCUAAUAGCCGAUUUAAAAAGGCAACUUAGGUAUUUCAAAAGUGUCGUUGCGAAUAGUAGCGACAUAAGCACACUGAUUCGGAACAUCCACCAAAACACAGGUAUGUCUGUAUCCUCGUCAUUGGAUAAAAAUUUGUCACUGAAAAAUGUUUGUGUUCCAAAGCCUAAGCAGCCAAUAGCUAGAAAAACUGCACAUCCGUGGGAUGAGACAAAUUAUCCUAGUUAUCCCACACCCGAAUCUAAUUAUUUGUCUAGUCCUGACGCUUUGAGAGGAGACGAAUUAACAGAGAUGCUGAACGAUAUCCCAUUAGACUUCCCAAUAGAUAUCAAAGAACACGAGUUGAUGGACAGUUUCGAUUUCAAGGACAACAUCGAAAUCAAUCCCUCCGAUACAUUAAGCGAGCACAAUUAUUACACUACGACCAUCCCAAAAGAAGUACUUUAUAACGACGAUGGUAUAGACGAUGUAGGAGUUUGCCUUCACGUUUCCAAACACAGACUUUCCCUGGAGUUCUGCCCAACAUGCAGCGAAAACGCCGCCCGGUCUUGGCUCGAGUAAAUCAAAAUGUCUGUAUCUGUUUUCUACCAUUAACGUUAAGUAUUUUUUUGUUACGUUGGUACUUUCCUUACACCAAAUUUACGUUAGCUUUGUUAGGUAUCGUACUGUAUAGUUUUUAAAUUUUCAGGAAGCCGUGAGUUUUUCGGAGGCGAUCACUUAGGGAAGGCUUGCAGAUUCACCUUCCGAUCCCAGCGUCUUUUUGAAAGUCUGUUGCCGAGCAGAGUCGGUUCUGUCGAAAGUGGAAGCAUUGGACUAAGUAUAGUAUCGAAAAGAGUAUCGUUCCUUUUUUCCAGCAGUGGGACUGGUAGAUUUGAAUAUAAAUUUGGUUUUUAGCCAUCUUUUUAAUAAGAACUAAAAAAUUCUGUGUUUAAAUACAAAAAACGUUUAACGAAUUUUGUAAUUUUUUUUUGUUUCAUUAGUUUUUAAUUGUAAAUUCAGUUCUACCAGUUCCUAUUGCAGACUAAUGUAAAAAAAAAAUACAUUUUUUAUUAGGUUUCCAAAGAGUAUAAGUCUGUUGAUUUUUUUACUAAACAAAGUAUGUUUUUUGAGUUUCAGCUUCUGCAGGGAGAAGUCCACGGGAGGCUGUCGGGAUAUUUUAUUUAUUUUACUUUAGAUAGGUCAGGUAAUGCUCGGUGGUGUAAGGAAAGGGUAACAACUCGCUUUGUAUAUAAAUUCAUAUGUUGUGUUAAUUUUUGUACGUGUAAAUAUAAAUUAUGUAUUGAAAUCUU